AUAUGAUUUGAUAACACAAGUUGCGGACAUGCCUAUUUAUUUUGUCGUGGUGCAGGUGUAAUUUUUAACUCUUACGUCGUUCGUAAAUCUAAAUUUAUGUUUUUAUCUUAAAAAAAGACAAAUUAAUAUUACUAUUUAAGGAUAAUUACUCAAACAUUAGUUUUUUUCAUUAUUGUUUUUAGAUAUUUUAAGUUCAGUUUUUGGUUUAUCGUUUGGUUUUGAAAUGUAAAUGUCAAAAGAAUAUUUUCGAUUUUAAAACGUUUAACCGGAAAACAAAAAUGAGCCUAACGCGAUUAACUUUACUUUUGGUAUUUUUCGCGCUAACAAGUGCCGAAUCAGACGAAAACUUAAAUAUAGAUGAUAGCCAGUUUGCACCGUUAGAACCGCCUGAUUCACCAAAAAACACUACGUCCGUGCCACCACCUCAAAUGACCGAACUUACUGAAAUACAAGCUGUCAGCAAUGCGAUAAAAAAUUUCCAAAAAAAACUGGAAGAAGAGCAUAAUUACCUACCGACCAUGCAGGCUUAUUUGACUACGAGUACUGCUAGUGAUGGCGGCCAAGAGUUUAAACUCAGUUCGUUCUUAUCACCAGUCCUGUACCCCGAACUCGUCACUGACACUACAAAUUCUAGUCAGCCGUCUGUACAAGAACCAUUAUCGAAUGUCACUGCAACCAAUACUUCCCGCAUUGUCAAUUGUACAAAUUAUGUGCCGUUGAAUUUGACAGAAGUUGCCACGGAGGUGGUCAAUUCGACUAGACUCGGUCAAAUUUUGAAGACUGAUCCCGAGGUAAUAAACCGUCAUACGAUGGGCACUUGCGCUCUGGUGUUGUUUUACGCUAAAAAUUGCCAGUUUAGUUCGUUGGCUGCGCCUCAUUACAACGUACUGCCUAGAAUAUUUCCACAAGUCAAGAUGGUAGCGUUUAACGCUAUAUCCGAACAAAGGUUCAACACAAUGUAUGGCAUAACGGGUGUUCCAACUUUGAUACUUUUUCAUAAUGGACGGCCAAUAGCCAAGUACAACGGAUCAGAUUAUUCGCUUUACGAGUUUACAAAAUUCAUCAUUAGACAUACUGAUCUGGCCCCGAACGAAAAAGUGGAAAUCACGGUGACUGACUUUGUGAAGCCCGUGAAUGGAUUUGGCAACCGUGAUUACGACUAUUCACUUUGGCUGGCUUGGUUCGUGAUAGUAUUCUGGAUACUGGUGUACAUGGGAGCCGUGAACUUGUUGAAACGAUUCGUGGAAGACAUAAAAAAUAUUUGGCGCGAAGCCGAAGCUCAGCAUGAUCACGCUGACUAAAUAUUGUAUGUUGUGUAUAAACUACGUCCUGCCCUUGUUUUCGUUUUUAAGUUUUUGGUUGUAUAAUUUCGGUGUAUUCUCGUUCUGUUAUAUAAUUGUUGUAUAUUGUAUAUUAUUUAAUAAUAGACCUAUAGGUACUUUUUAUAAUAUGUUUUAAUGUUGUGAUAUUAUUAUGUAUGCGGGCGUGUACCGGAAACUAGGUUAAGGGGCCUAUUUGACACUUUGCAAGGACCAUGUAAGUUGAAACAUUUAAAAAAUAUAUUUUUUUAAUUUGAAACCA